AUGUCUUUCCUUGUGUUGUUCAACAAGUCAGCGCAGCCACUGCGUUACAAGCUGCUAGCUCGUUUAACUGCCUAUAAUGGCUCUAUCCAUGCACUUGGGAUUUCUAAUGAUGGACACCUGCUUGCAUGUGGUGGAAUCAAGGGGAACAGUCAGUUGCGCAAUCUGGGCCACUACUAUGAAAACCACGGCAGAAACCCUCUGUUAUGGAACAGGCCUGGGUUAUAUCUACCCAAGUCGGUAGUGUUUGCAGAAAACCAGAGCAUCUAUGUGUUCGGGCUCUAUGAUGGCAACUUCAUGAAACUGAAGGAUGAAGAUGGUGACAUAGUGCAAGAAAUUAGCUGCAAAUCAGUGAUGCGAGAAACUACUGCUCUCGACCUGGGCGCGUUACUGACAUUAUAUAGUGGUCAUGCUGCGGUGUACUCAAAGCAGGGCAUUUUCAUUGUAGAUAAUACAACAGAUGGCUUUACAUUAUACUGCCUUGAAGGUGAUGGUGAGCCUGUUCAAAUGUUGGCAACUGGUUUGCCAAGCAUGUUGGUCCUGAAGCAAGUGGCAUUCGGGGAAGAAGGGCAGAUACUUGAAACCCUCCACCACACGGACACUGGCCUUGUGCAAACAACAUCCACACCCAAUCUCAAUGGCUGCUGCACAAUUGCCAGCACUUUGCCCAUGCCAGGGUGCGGGAAAACUACAAUCAAGAUAUGGGUGUAUGACUAUGCAGUGCCGAAGGUAUCCAAGGCGCCCUCAGGGGAUUACUGGUCCCUGUCACACAUACUGGUGAUGUUGACACGACUACUGGCACUGCUAUCUAUGAGUGUCUUCCUGCUGAUAAAUUAUAGAGACAGCUUUUUGCAUGUCCAAGCUGCCAUUAUAUUUGACGAGUAUGUAGAUAUCAAGAAGGAUGAUAAGGAAGGGCUGACCGAAGGAUACGUCAAAAACGACAUUAUGAUGCUCUGGGAAUUAGCAGUAAAGCUCAUGGAGCUAGCUCGAGAAGCGGAUGGAGAGAUCAACAAAGAUAACAUAGGGGCAAGUGCAAUACUGAUUACCCUGCGAGCAGUGAAAGGAGGUCGAACAUAG